UCGAUGUUAGUUCUCAUUUAUCCCGGUGGUACGCAGCACAGCACAUCUGUCGUUUCCCUCUGCGUGGUUGUAACAGUCAGCGUCUGCAAACGGAAUAAAGCCUAAAAUGCCCGUCGAUUUGAGCCAGUGGUCCGGCGCCCUCGCCCUGCAGGAGGUGGAUGAAAAGCCUGCCAAGCCCCUGAGCAUUAAAUACACUUCUACAGAAAUUGACAAGCUCGGGAAAGUGCUCACCCCAACACAGGUUCAGAAUCGACCCACUGCUGUCGAGUGGGAGGGCUGUGACGCAAAUAAACUGUACACUUUGGCCCUGACCGACCCCGACAACCCCAGCAGGAAAGAUCCCAAGUUCAGAGAGUGGCACCACUUUCUGGUGGUGAACAUGAAGGGCAACGACGUGUCCUCCGGCUGUGUCAUGUCCGACUACCUCGGCUCCGGCCCAAUCAAGGGCACAGGUGUCCACAGGUACGUGUGGCUGGUGUACGAGCAGCCGGCCAGCCUGUCCUGCUCCGAGCCCGUCCUCCCCAACAACUCCGGCAACGGGGUUGGUCGCGGCAACUUCAAGAUCCAGGCCUUCAGGAAGAAGUACAACCUGGGAGCCCCGGUGGCGGGAACCUGCUACCAGGCAGAGUGGGACGACUACGUCCCCAAGCUGUACGAGCAGCUGGCCGGAAAAUGAGAAAAGUCUUGGCUCUAAACAGUUGGACACCAGAUACAGCUAUCUGGUGCCGGUAAAAAAAAGUACCAUCUACCAUUUCCUUUCCUUGCUGAUUUAAAAACCCAAGAACAUCCUCUCACUGAAGCCGCCUGAACUUCACUGCAAUAAACUGGGAAC